AUGUCCUACUGCAACAAAGGAGAGGCAUACUUUAUUCGUCAACUUGUGCUGCUGCUGCAUAAAUCCUUCCAGCAGCAGCAGCAGCUGCAGCAGCAGCUGCAGCAGCAACUACAGCAGCACAAGAGCAUUAACAGGGAUAAAAAUGAACAGCAACAGCAGCAAGAGGAGAAACAGCAGCAACAGCAGCAAGAGGAGAAACUAUCCUUAGCAGAUGUAGGUAUUAUAUCCCCUUAUAGGGGACAAGUAGAUCUAUUAUUGUCUCUUAUUAAGGAGACAAAAGUGUCUCCUUUGCCAGAGAUAGAUACAGUAGAUGCAUACCAAGGAAGAGAGAAAGAAAUUAUUAUUGUCUCCUUUGUUAGAUCAGGCACACUGCAGCAGCAGCAGCAGCAGCAGCAGCAGCAAGAUGCUCCUGCUGCUGCUGCUGGGUGUGGGGCAUGGGGUGUAGGGGAAGCAGAUGCAGCGCAGCAGCAGCAACCAUUAGAUAUAUUUAGCUUACCUAAACCAUCAAUAGACACACCAGCAGCAGCAGCAGCAGGAGCAGCAGGAGCAGCAGGAGCAGCAGCAACAGCAGCAACAGCAGCAACAGCAGCAAAAGGGACAUCAACAUCAUCAGUAUCAUCAGGAGGAUCAGCCCAAUCCUCCUCAUCAGCAGCAGGAGCAGCAAGAGCAGCACCAGCAGCAGCAGCAGGAGGAGGAGGAGGAAGGAACCGUAGUCUAGGGUUUGUUGCAGACGAGAGAAGAUUGAAUGUGUCUCUUACUCGAGCAAGAAGGGCCUUAUGGUUAAUAGGAGACAGUUUGCUGCUGCAGCGCAGCAGCUUGCUGCAGCGGCUGCUGUCCUUUAUUAAAUCUGUACCUGGUGCUGCUGUUGAUGUAUUACAAUAUGUUGAGCAGCAGCAACAGCAGCAACAGCAGCAACAGCAGCAACAAGGGCAGCAGCAGCAACAGCAGCAGCAGCAGCAGCAGCAGCAGCAGCAGCAGCAGCAGCAGUGGUCUACAAGAGCAGCAACAAAAGAAGAUAUUAAUGCUUUUUUUGCUGCUAUGCAUAAACAAACAUAUAUAGCAAAUAUACAGCUAUAUAAGCAGCAACUGCAGCAGCAAAUUAAGCAGCAGCAGGAGAAGGAGCAGGAGCAGCAGCAACAGCAAGAUAGUGAAUCAUCAAGUCCUUCUGCUGCUCCUGCUGCUGCUCCUGCUGCUGCAACAGCAGCAAGAAAGAGAAGAAGCAGCAGCAAUACGCCACGUGGGCAUGAACAAGGAAUGUCUCCAACAAGGAAACGAAGCAGCACCAGCAGCAGCAACAGCAGCAACAGCAGUAGCAGCAGCAGCAGCAGUACUAGCAGCAGCACCAGGAAAAGAAGCAGCAAAGACAUGAACAGCACCAGCACCACCAGCACCACCAGCAGCAGCAGCAGCAGCAGCAGCAGCAGCAGCAGCAUGCGACAGGCCCAGCCUAAUAUAGAAAUACCUCAUGGUGUCUCUGAGCUGUCUGCAGCACGGAGAGCAAGGCAGCAGCAGCAGCAGCAGCAAGAGCACCACAGGCUGCAACGGGACCAGGAGCAGCAGCAGCAGCAGCGGCAGCAGCAGCAGCGAAGGGAAGAAGCAGCACACAGUGAAAGCAACAGCACGGUGAGCUAUAGGAGCAGCAACAACAGGACCAGCAGCAACAGCAGCAGCAGCAACACAAACAGCAGCAACACAAACAGCAGCUCCAGCAGCAGCAAGAGCAGCCGUAGCAGCAGCAACAACAGCAGCAGUAGCAGCAGCAGCAGCAGCAGCAGCAGCAAGCUGCCUGAUUCGGGAAUGGUCAGACGCACAGGAGGAUGGUCCUCUCUACGUAAGGCGUCUUAA